AUGGGUUUCGUCAAUUUCAAGAACUAUCGGGUCUAUAUCCUCACCUCGGUGGCCUAUCUAGGCUCACUGCUCUUCGGAUAUGACACGGGUGUUAUGGGCUCAGUCCUGGCUCUUUCGAGUUUCAAAAAGGACUUCGGCCUCCCCGUGGACUCGUCUGGAUUCAGCAGCGACGAAAAUGCCCAUGUCUCCUCCAACGUGGUCUCACUACUCACAGCAGGAUGUUUCUUCGGUUCUAUCCUUGCUGCUUACAUCAACGACAAACUAGGCCGUCGAUAUUCACUAAUGAUCUUUGCCGUGAUCUUCCUCGUCGGAGCCGCCGUUCAAGUCGCCGCGCACCACGAGAUCGGCAUGAUCUACGGCGGACGUGUCAUUGCGGGUUUCGGUAUCGGUGGAAUGUCUAGUAUCACUCCCGUCUUCGUCAGCGAGAACUGCCCGCCCGAGAACCGUGGCCGUAUUGCUGGUCUAUUCCAGGAAUUCCUGGUUAUCGGUAGCACUUUCGCCUACUGGUUGGAUUACGGUGUCGCCCUGCAUGUGCCCGAGGGUACAAGCCAAUGGCGUAUUCCAGUUGCUAUCCAGAUCAUCCCCGGUGGACUGAUGCUUAUUGGAUUGUUCUUCCUCAAGGAGUCUCCUCGCUGGCUGAUGAAGAAGGGCCGCCGCGAGGAAGCACUUAGUUCGCUCGCUUACAUCCGUAAUGAACCGGAGAACAGCGAGGCUGUUCAGACCGAGUUUGCUGAAAUAACGGCCGCUAUUCACGAGGAAACACGGGCCACUGAGGGUUUGACUUGGAGGGAAUGUUUGAAGCCAAGCAACCGAUACCGGUUUUUCCUGGCUUUCGUUCUCAUGUUCUGGCAGCAGUUCUCUGGAACGAAUAGUAUUGGAUACUAUGCUCCUCAAAUCUUUGCUAGUGUCGGAUUGAGCAAAACGAACUCCUCCUUGUUCGCCACUGGUAUCUACGGCACUGUCAAGGUGGUUGCAACAGCCAUCUUCCUGAUCGUCGGUAUCGAUCGCUGGGGCCGUAAGAAGAGUUUGAUCGGCGGUGCUGCCUGGAUGGCCAGCAUGAUGUUCAUUAUUGGCGCUGUCCUCGCCACGAAUCCCCCCGACGCGAAAUCCACCUCCGUCUCAUCAGCAUCCAUCGCCAUGGUCGCCAUGAUAUAUCUCUAUGUCAUCGGUUACUCUGCAUCCUGGGGACCAACUCCCUGGGUGUACCUCGGCGAGAUCUUCCCCACUCGUCUUCGCGCGUACGGUGUCGGCUUUGGUGCCGCCACGCAAUGGCUAUUCAAUUUCGUCAUUACUGAGAUCACUCCCCGUGCUAUUAACAAAAUCGGAUGGAAGACGUUCCUCAUGUUCGGCAUUUUCUGUUUCGCCAUGGGUGUCUUCGUCAUUGUUUUCUUCAAGGAGACUAAGGGCCGAACACUGGAGGAGAUGGAUCUUAUUUUCGGGGCUGUGGAUGAGCAGCAGAGACGUGCUGAUGUCGAGCAUUCUUUGCAGAAGACUCAAAUUAUGCAUGAAGAGCAUGCAGAUACUGAGACUGCAGAUAAUGAGAAGACUGCUCACCCUACGGAGCACAAGGAGUGA